GGCCAUUUUUGGCUACUUGAACGGUGACCACACUGCUGUCUUUCAUCCCUGAAUCUUCGUUUGUGGAAAUUAUUUUUUCUGGAAAACGCAGGCAAAGACGCUUCGCAAUUACGUCUCGACGCAAAUAGUUCGCUGUACGCUAAGAAUCCAUCCAGUCCUUUUGUGUAAACAUGCCGAGCAUCAAGCUACAAUCGUCCGAUGACGAGAUCUUCGACACUGAUAUUCAGAUUGCCAAGUGCUCGGGCACUAUCAAGACCAUGCUUGAGGAUUGCGGCAUGGAGGAUGAUGAGAAUGCGGUGGUGCCGCUGCCCAAUGUCAACUCGACGAUCCUACGAAAGGUGCUCACCUGGGCCCAUUAUCACAAGGAUGAUCCGCAGCCCACGGAGGAUGAUGAGAGCAAGGAGAAGCGCACCGAUGACAUUAUCUCGUGGGAUGCUGAUUUCCUUAAAGUCGAUCAGGGCACACUCUUUGAACUGAUUUUGGCGGCCAACUAUUUGGAUAUUAAGGGUCUAUUGGAGCUUACCUGCAAGACGGUGGCCAAUAUGAUCAAGGGCAAGACACCGGAAGAAAUCCGCAAGACGUUCAACAUCAAGAAGGACUUUACGCCCGCCGAGGAGGAGCAGGUGCGCAAGGAGAACGAGUGGUGUGAGGAGAAGUAGAGCAGUACGAGCAGAAGGAGCUGGAGAUAUGGAGGCCAAGUUGAAGUUGAAUAUGCGCGAAAGCAGCAUAAUCUUACUUUAGUUGCUAAUUUUAUAACUCAUUUAAUCCCAUUUAAAAAAUUUUUUUUCUGUAAACUUGUCUUCUUCUUCUCUCUAUGAUGAAGCCUAAAUAAGAGUAUAAGACCUUAUGAUUUCACCAGAAUAAAUAUUAUAUUAUCCAAA